CAGCCUCCGGAGGAACCCCCGGAGACGCCAUACUAAAAGCCAAAAUGGCUGCCCAAAGGAAGCCUGCACCGCGCAGCUAGUGAGGAUUUGGGAACAAGCAGCCGAGAGAAAGGGGGAGGGGGACUCUGGGACGAGCCCCCACCAGCACCGUCGCCCCCCGGGUCGCACAGAUUCGAGUUACAACCACCCCUUCUCCCCCCUUGCUAUAGCUUUUCGACUGCAUUGGGAAAAUACUGGUCAGGAAAAAAAUGAUAAAAUUUUUCCUCAUGGUGAAUAAACAAGGGCAGACCCGACUGUCUAAAUACUAUGAACAUGUGGAGAUUAAUAAGCGAACACUUCUGGAAACUGAAGUCAUAAAGAGCUGUCUUUCUCGAUCCAAUGAACAAUGCUCUUUCAUAGAAUAUAAGGAUUUUAAGCUGAUUUACCGACAGUAUGCAGCUCUCUUCAUUGUGGUUGGUGUUAAUGACUCUGAGAAUGAGAUGGCAGUUUAUGAAUUCAUCCAUAAUUUUGUAGAAGUUUUAGAUGACUACUUCAGUCGAGUGAGUGAAUUAGAUAUAAUGUUUAACUUAGAUAAAGUACAUAUCAUUUUGGAUGAGAUGGUCUUAAAUGGAUGCAUUGUGGAAACAAAUCGGGCAAGAAUUCUUGCUCCUCUGCUGAUUCUUGAUAAGAUGUCAGAAAGCUGAGUAACAGAUGGUCCUACCAGACAAAAUCAACUUAUAGGAAAUGAGUACAUCAAUGGAAAUGAAAACAUCAACGGAAUACCUCUCAACUCUGUAGCUCAAAGAGUCUGGAAGACCACACACUGCAAAAUAGGAUAUUCUUCCACAGAAUUAAAAUAGGUGUUUUUCAUAGUGCCUAAAUAAAAAACAAAGCUGUAUUUAAAAUAUGAUGUAUAAAGAAACCUUUUCUCUAAGCUGAGAGACAAGUUUUAUUUUCUAACCAGAGUAAGCAUUUUUCCCCAACUUGACUGAACUUUACUGAGUUCUAAGGGAAUAUCUGUUGUCUCUGUUUUCCUUUGCAAACUUAAAUUCAAGAAUAGUAGCAUGGUGUAAGAAGAUAAUUGUGGGAACUCUAUCACCUAAUAAAAUUUUAAAAUUGA